CCAAGCAAACGAUUUGUUUUGAACGAGUGAUGUUUUGAAAGACCGACUGAAUACAUAUUCCAAAGAACAUGUCGAGAGGGGAAAGGAAUUUAUGGGAUAUUGCGAUAAAUGAAGCUGAGAUUUCACAGAGGCAAUCACACCAAACUGAAGGUGAAAAUCAAGAAGGAUUGAAGCGUGGUGAAGAAUCAUCAGUGUUCUUCAUUGGAAGCAAAGAUGCAGGUAAAACAUCAAUUAUUCUUCGUUUUUUGGACAAAGAUGAAAUACCUAAACCAACUACUGCGUUAGAGUAUACCUUUGGUAGGAGAGCUAAAGGACAUAAUAUUGCAAAAGAUGUAGGUCAUAUUUGGGAAUUAGGAGGCGGUACCUUUUUAUCUAAAUUGGUGGAAAUACCAAUAAAUGCAGAGUGUCUUGAGAAUUUAGCUAUAGUAUUAAUACUAGAUUUAUCUAAACCCCAUGAACUAUGGCAUACAAUGGAAACUCUGUUAAACACAACAAGGCAAAGAAUAGAGAAGGUGAUGCAAGAUGCAUCCAUGAGGGAUUCCACUCUUCAACCACGAAUGAAGAAUAAGGCAUGGAGUAAGUUUGGUGAGGACCAUCCGGAUAAGGACAUGAUUGAACCAUUCCCAGUUCCAUUGGUUAUAAUUGGUUGUAAAUAUGAUGUAUUUCAAGAUUUUGAUUCUGAGAAGAGGAAAGUGAUAUGUAGAACACUGAGGUUUGUUGCUCAUAGUCAUGGUGCUACAUUACAGUUCUGUAGCUUGAAGACAGAAUCAUUGGUAACUAGGACACGUCAGUUAAUCAGUCACUUUGUGUUCAAUACUGCAUCUAGUAAAGCCAUGGCUGUAGAUCCAAAUAAACCAGUUAUUGUGCCAGCUGGCAUGGAUUCCUUACAGCAGAUAGGUCCUCCACCAGUAGCUGAAGGUGACAUUGGUAAAUUAACAGCUAGGAAUCCAUUAGAAUUAUGGAAACAAGCAUACACAGCAUUCUUUCCACAACAGAUAAGUAGUUCUGUUGCUGAAGACCCAGCUAAAGAUCCACAAUAUUCUGAAUCUGCUGUAGAUAACAUGAGAGCACAGAAGGAUGAGGAACUUGAGAGAUACAGAAGACAGUCUGAACGAAAAGCCAAAGACUUAGCAAGAGGUGGUGGCAUGGAAGCCAUCCGGGCAUAGUAUCCUGGCAUGUAUAUAUGUAUAUAGAUGAAUGCAAGAUCUUUGUUGACGUUUUAUAAUGGUAAAAUUAUGUAUGUGUAUCAGAUUGAACUCAUACAGUAGCAGUAUACAAAAUUCAUAUUUAUUUACUUGUAAUGCAGUUUGAAUAGGACAUUCCAUUUAACUACAAUGAGUCCAUCCUAAUGUACAAUGUCUCUAUUUUAAUUGUUUAUUCGUUGUUACACAUAUACAAUGAGUCCAUCCUAAUGUACAAUGUCUCUAUUUUAAUUGUUUAUUCGUUGUUACACAUAUACUUGCUAGAGAUUAACAUUUUAUAUGAUGUUGUCAAAUAUCAUGCAGAAAACUAAAUAUACAAUUUGUGUAAAUAAUUUAUAAUGUAAACAUUGUUACAAUAAAAUGUUGCGCUACGUAAUGUUACG